UCAGAGAUCCCUGGUUAUUUCUGACUCCCAGAGAUGUCAACUGAGCGGGACAGAGGGGGAUGUGGUCAGCAGGAAAGCCUCUUCACUACCCCCACCCUGCUCAAACAUUUAAGCGCUGCCAUGUGCCCUGUGAACUGCUGUCUGUUCCGUGACUGGUCCUCAUAAAGUGGGUCCCACGGUGUAUUCCACACCAGCUGUCACAGCAGCCUCUCUGGUGACCAAAGUCAUCCCCACCCCUUCCUGGCCAUGGGAGAAAUCACCCUUCUGGAAACAGGGCUCUUCUCUGGGGACCGGCCCUCCUGGCCUUGGAAAAGGCCCACACCUAGGCGGUAGAGAAAGGGCAGGGAGGAGGGCGCCCACAGGAAAAGCCUUAAUGCUGCUUCCCGUGGGGUGGCGAAGCAAGUCUAAGCCAGGCGGUCCCGCCCGGCCGGCCUUGGUGAAUCCCCAGUGGUCAUGAAGCUGGUUCUCCCGGUGGUCCUGGUGGUCCCCGGUGGUCCCGGUGGUGGUCCUGGACCAGCGGCAAGCCGCUUCACCUGGGAGCCUGUUAGAAAUGCAAAUUUCUAACGCUUUAACAAGCCGCGCAGGUGCGCCUAGGCAGGGCGAGGAGGAAGGGACUGGAGAGCGGAUGGGGAAAGAAGGGCCUCUCCUUUAAGACUGAGUCGACGGCCCCCUGCUGCCCCUUCGCGAGCCUCCUAACAGCCUGCAGUGGGCGACGGCGCUCAGGUGGUGCUGGGAGGAGGCCGGAGUGAGGGAGGCGGCGGCGGGCUGGCGAGAGGGCCCGGCGCAGGGGAAGGACAGCUGGGACCACGACGCCGCCGGCACCCGGGCUCCCGCGCGCAACGGCAUGAACCUCAGCAGCACGAGCAGCGCGGCCGAGAAAGCGCCCAGGGCCAUGCUCUGGGGCUGUGAGCUAAACCAAGAGAAGCGGACAUGGACGGUCAAAGCCCAGCAGGAGGGGAAGCAGGACUGUAAGCUGUUGCUCAGUACGAUUUGCUUGGGGGAGAAAGCCAAAGAAGAGGUGAACCUCGUGGAAAUUCUGCCCCCAGCCAGCCAGGAAGACAAGAAGACCAAGCCCAUCACCAUUGCUUCCCUUCGGGCCUCUGUGCUACCCAUGAAUCCACCUCAACAGGACGGGGCUGAGGACACGGUCACCCUCAUGGGAUUGGAGCUUUCUCCUCCAGUCACUUUCCAGCUCCGGGCUGGCUCUGGACCUGUGUUCCUCAGUGGCCAGGAACGUUACAACACGGCAGACCUGUCCUGGGAGGAAGAGGAGGAGGAACUGGAGGAGGAAGGCGACAGCGAUGAGGUUGAUGACGAAGACGAGGACGAGGACGAUGUAGAUGUGUCCCUAGAGGAGGAGACCCCUGUUAAACAAGUCAAGAGGCUGGCGUCCCAGAAGCAGGCAAGCAUUGCCAAGAAAAAAAAAGUGGAAAAAGAAGAGGAGGCAGUGAGACCCAGUCUUAAAGACAAGAGUCCUGUGAGAAAGGCCAAAGCCACACUCAAACCUAAAAAGCCAGGAUCCAAGAAAUGAGGGGCCAGGAGUGGCCUGGCUGCAGUGACCGAGGGAGAGCCGGCCAGAGCAACAUGCCGGGUGGCCUUCCUCGGUGUGUUCCCCCGGGGCCCCCCACCCAGCCUCUCUCCGUCGGAGUCUCACUGGGAUGGAGCUGUUGGGGGUAACACAGGAGGCCCUCACCCCAACUCUCGAGUUUCAGCAGUCCCUGGAGGGAAAAGCUCCAACCUCAGGGCCACAAUAAAGUUUGCUUU